AGAGACAACCAUUGUAUCCACAUUCUGGACCAGAAUGGACAGUUUCUCCGUUACAUUGAUAACUGUGAUCUGAACAAUCCUUUUGGUUUAUGUGUGGACAACAAUGACAAUUUGUUUGUGUCAUGCACCAGCUAGUUUUGGAUUACCGUGGUAAUUAAAAAGAUGAGAAAUCUACAAUCCCUAGGCCUGUUUCUGUUGGCGGCCAUUUUGGUCGUGAACGCCCAAAACAACACAGCACCCAAAACUACUCCAGAGCCAUCAGGCGAGCCAGUGGAACCUCCUGAGCCUACAGAGGCACCUGAACUUCCGGAGGGAGCAAAUAAACCGGCUUCGGUCGGAGGAAGCAAAUCCGGGUCGCAGGCAUCCUCUACAGGAAGCAAUGUGACUGGAACUCCUGCCACCGGUGAAGAGCCUACGGAAGCACCCGAACCCACGGAACAACCGGAAUCCAACGUCAAACCGGUAGUUUCCGGCGCUAAUGCUGCUGGUGGAUCUCAGGCUGGUGCGUCAUCAGGCACAGGGGGCGCUGUAAUUCAACCAUCCGCUACCGGAAACCUAGAAACAACAGAACCCCCAGAACCGACUGAAGCUCCAGAGCCCGCUACUGGUGGAGAAGGAGUGGAAGCUGGGACCGGCGGGGCAGAAGCAGGUGGGGCAGAAGCUGGCGGGACAGAAGCUGGAACAGGUGGGACAGAAGCUGGCGGGGCAGAAGCUGGGACCGCUGGUGCGGAAGCAGGUUCCCCAUAAACAAGCAAUUAUAAUUAGGCGUGAUAAUAACAAUCAUUACGGACGUCACACAAUUAAGGCAAUUCUUCAUCGUACAAGAUUAACUGACAAAGAUACGCCCUGACAAAUAUAUUACAUUUACAUGUACAUUGUAUAUCGUUUGUCAUUUCUCAGUUCAGUGUUUUCUGUUUAUAAUUUUAUUGCAUGUGUUUUAAUUUGCAUUUGUGUCAUUGUAUAUAUUUUAUAUAAUGAAUAAAUGACACUUUAAGCUACCAA